GUUUGGCAAUCGAUGCGAGAAAUGCACACAAAAUGCUAACCAAAUAAACACAAACUGCAGUUAAGGUUCACUACAAUUGCGGUUAAAAACCACUUUGCGAUCGGCUUUUUGACCGCAAUUAUCGGCGGAUAGACUUCGGGUACAGUUUUUUUUGUCGGCCACAGAAAGCGCCGGACAAUCAUCGGUGGUGUAGACAUCGCUCAUAAUCAGCACAUUUGCUGUAAAAUACACAUCACUUGACAACAGAUCCAAUCCGAAGACACGCACACACAUACAGAGUGACACAAUAUGUCUGCCAUAUAUCGAGGUGUGGUGACAGCGGUGGACCGGUUUGUCCCGCGAGCGAUGCGACCCCUUUGGGAACACGAGGCCGGACCCAAAACGGUGUUUUUCUGGGCGCCAGCCAUGAAAUGGGGUCUGGUAAUCGCCAGCAUUGCUGACAUCCAGCGUCCGGUGGAGAACCUGUCGGCGCCCCAAACGAGCGCUUUGGCCGCGACGGGUGUUAUUUGGUCGCGAUAUUCGCUGGUCAUUACGCCCAAGAACUAUAGCCUCUUCUCUGUCAAUGUCUUCGUCGCCGCCACUAAUCUCUACCAAUUGUUCCGUAUAUUUAGCUAUAAUCGUAGUCUUAAGCAAUGAUUGUUUGCUGUUUUUUUUAAAUUAAUUAAUUGUUUUGAUUAGAGUUUUACUGAAUUAUAUGUGAGAUAUAGUAAUAAAACCGGUAAUUAAUUUAGCACUCAAUUACUCUACCAUUGAGUUGUAAUUGUAAGCUAUUUUUAGACGUGUUAUUUAAUUUAUGACCACUUUUUCCUUGUUUU